AUGAAGCUCAUCUCAGGGAAUCAGAACACAAAUGCUGUCGCUGCUCUUGUUUGCUGCAGAGGCACCAGAGAGAUACCCCAGGUAUACGUCAUAUUGUGUGAUCUGGUCGCUUGUGACGUAUUGACACCAUUCUCCGUUCUACUGCUCGGUCGAAAGAUCGAGGAGGUGGUAGACGAUAUUGAGUUCCCGUCCGUCCUUCUGCCGAGAAAUAUCACAUCUGGAAGUAUAGUCGAUAUCACUGUCUCCCCAAACGAAGCGGCCGAGGCUGCGGAUCAAGCUGCAUCCAAAGCUCUACAGGACAAGAUCCUUAAUACCUAUGGAAUCAAUACACCCUCUCCCCCUGUUUUACGACUGAAGAAUGCAACACAGACCUCCUUGGUUUUGGAAUGGGAUCCAAUACAGCUAGCCACCGCCUCGCUUAAAUCCUUAUCUCUAUAUCGCAAUGGCUCGAAAGCAGGGUCGAUUCCACGACCGCUCGAUAUGCUCAGCACGAAAAUAAGCGGUCUUGCUAUUGAUACAGAAUAUACUUUCCAACUUAUCCUUCGUACCUCCGCCGGUAUGUUUAGUUCUGAAAAACUAGUUUGUCGAACCCACAAAAUGACAGAUUUAUCCGGAAUUACGGUUACUGCUGGAAUUCUCCCUGACAAUUUAAGAGAGUCGCUGGCGAAUGCAGUGGAUAGAAUUGGAGGGAAGCUUAUUGAUACGGUUCGUAUUGAUACGACACACUUCGUCUGUACGGAGGGUAGAGGUCCUGCCUGGGAAAAGGCUGUUGAGAUGAAUAUACCUGUCGUCCGGCCAGAAUGGGUAGAAGGGUGUGAGCGUGAAGGGACUAUAGUAAGCGUGCGAGGUUACUAUCUGAAUGCCGAUCCGAAAUUACGGCAGAUUGGCCCUGGAGUCGGCGCACAGCAGAAUAAGAAAAACUCAAUUUUGAGCUUACCAACACACGGACGACAAAACAGUACGGCUACCUCUCGAUCGUCGCCUGAGAAUAACCAAGUCCCUCCCGUUACACCAUUCCCUGGCGGUCCAAGGAGUGAAGUUCCUAAUGGCUUAAGACCUGAAGGAGGCUCACCACCUCUUCCCCCGCCAAAGGAUGAUAAUGGAUCCUCAAAAGACCUCCCUAGCCCCCCAGUACCUAAGAAUGAAAAUGAAAAGGAGGACAAUGGAAACGAUCAGGAAACGGGGGAGGAUAGUCACACCGCACCUGACAAUGACGCUGCAACAAAUGAUGAGGAUGAUAAAAUACUAGCCAAUGGGCAACGAGAUGAGAAGGCCCCAACAUCCCACUCUAAAUCAGAUGAUGCGGAAGACGAUACUGAACAUCAGUCACCAGACCCGGAAGCAGAGGUCAUUAAAGAAUCAGGAGGUGGAAAAGCCACUAAAGGAGCCAAUUCUGAAGAAGCAGAAAUGGAAGAAGUGACACUAUGA